AUGCGGGAUGUGAAGCCGCGUGUGGCCCAGCUGAGGAAGCUGACGGCGCGCUCGUGGGGCCUGCAAGAGCCGCAGCUGCGAACCGUCGCCAACGGUUACGUCCGUGGUGCACUCGAGUACGCGGCGGCGGCAUGGCUCCCGGCGGCGUCGGAGUCGCACGUGGAGCUGCUUGAGAGGGAGAUGCGUGCCACAGCGCGCGUCGUGACCGGCUGCCCGAUCAGCACGCCGAGAGACCCGCUGAUGGCGGAGGCCGGCAUCGUCCCGGUCCGGGCGCGCAGGGAGGCGUUGGCCGUCAGGCUGACCGCCACUGCGGCGUCGCAGAGGACCGAUGACCCUCUCCGUGAGGUAGCAGCGAGGACAGCCCCCCGACGACUGCGGACCACCACCGGCUGGCGUGAUGUGGGACGGGAGGCCCUCACCCGGCUUGGUCUUCAGGAGACACCCGUGGAGGAGCGACUACACAUCACCCUCCCUCCAUGGUCGGACUGUUCGGGGGUGGCGAUCCGGCUGGACGUCGGCGCGGCUAUUAGCAGGGAGGCACGCGACGAGGUCCGCCGGGCGGCGGCCGAAGAACACCUCGCGACCCUGCCAGACCAGGCGACCUGGAUCUGGAGCGACGGCUCGGCAGAGGGCGGUGUCGCGUCCGGGGGCAGUGGUGCCCUGAUCACCCUGCCCUCUGGAGAAGAGAGGAAGACCCGGACGCCGGCCGGCGCCGUCUGCAGUAGCACCCGCGCCGAGCUGGUGGCGAUGCGUGCCGCUCUGGAGGAGGUGCAGCAGCUGGAGGACGCAACGUCUGCGACCCCGCUGGUGCUCUGCACCGACUCCCAGGCUGCGCUCGCCACGCUCGCGACGGGCGCCGGAGAACAGCGGACGACGCUGGGAGCCGAGACAUGGCGCCUGCUCCUGGCGGCCCCGGACAGACCGACAUGGCUGCAGUGGGUCCCGGCCCACUGUGGCCUCCCAGGCAACGAACGGGCGGACGAGCUGGCCAAGGAGGCCUCCAGCUUACCACAGGCAGCCGCGCCUGUGGACGUCCGCAGCCUCACUAAGGCAGUCGGCCGCGCCGCCUCCAAGGCCUGGCGAGAUCGCUGGCCCGACAGCUUCUUCAGGCGGAUUAUGAGAGACAGGUUCCCGACACCUGUCCUCAACGAGACGAGGGAAGACGCGGUGAAUGUGCACCAGCUUCGAGCGGGCCACUGGGGGCUCUCGACGAGCUACCUGCACAGGAUCGGCCGUCGCCCAACACCGACCUGCCAGCAGUGCGAGGACCUGAAGUGCCCGGCGGCACUGUGUCUGGUCUGCCGAGAGGAGGCCGACACGCCGGAGCACGUGCUGCUGCACUGCCCCUGCCUGGCGGGCAAGCGACUACGCCUGUUCGGGACCAUACACCCUGAUGCGACUCGGCUGCGGGACGGCGGGGCCGUGGCGGCGCUGGCCCGCGGCUUCCUCCGCUACCGAGAGCCUGCGGGCUACGGCCGGCCGUAG